AUGUCACAUGGUGAGGUCACCAUCACAUUGCAAGAUGUGGAGGUUCUUCUCGAUCUUCCUGUUGAUGGUGACGCUAUAACAGGGAGCACGCAGAAAGUUUGGGCGAAUGUGUGCCAGGAGUUCCUUGGCUUUCAACCUAUAAAUCAAGAGCAGCAUAAGCAACUUACUGGCCAGAGGAUCCUCAUCAACCGGCUUUUGCAGCAAGUUGCAGCUCCAUUGCCGUCUAAUGCUGAAGAGGAUCAGCUGCAUAAGUACGCACGAUGCUACAUCCUAGCGCUACUGGGGGACACAAUAUUCAUGGACAAAUCCGACGAUAGGGUGCAUCUAAUGUGGGUACAACAGUUGGAAGACCUUCGCAACCCACGAAUGUACAAUUGGGGAAGUGCUUGCCUUGCAUGGUUGUACCGAGAGUUAUGCAAGGCAAGCGAUAAGGACACCAAUCAGAUUAGUGGGUGCUUACUAUUGGUCCAAUAG